AUGUGUAACUCAACUACCUUAUGUGGCUGUUCGACGAAUCCAGCAUUAGUUACGAAGAUUGUCGGAGGAGAAACGGCUUCUAUAAAUACAUGGGGUUGGAUUGUAUCUCUUUAUAUUAACCAACAGUGGUUGUGUGCUGGUACUAUUUUAUCAAGCUCUUGGAUUCUUACGGCAGCACAUUGUGUUAAAGAUACGCAUCCUUCGCAAGUAUUAAUAUCUGCUGCAACAAAUCAGUUGUUCGGCAUGCAACAAUGGCGAUGGGCAUCUUCUGUUAUUAUUCAUCCCCAUUAUAAUGAUACAAUGUUACAAAACGAUAUUGCUUUAAUUAAAGUCUCACCACCAUUCAAUAUGACAGAUUUAAGUAUUUCAAAAAUAUGUUUACCAAUCUCGACAACAAACGAUUACCCACCAAUUAACUCAAUACUUGUUGCGAUUGGAUGGGGAGAUUUGAAAGAGAAUGGUACUAUAUCUGAAAUGCUUCAACAAGUAACAGUUCAACGCAUUGCAUAUAACAAUUUCGCAUGUUUUCCACUGAUUAGUAAUGCAGAAAUGCAGUUUUGUGCCAGUGAUCUUAGCGCUGGGAAAGAUACAUGCAAUGGAGAUUCUGGUGGUCCUCUGAUGAUGUUCACUUCAAGUCAACAAUGGGUUGUAGUUGGUAUUACAUCAUAUGGAUAUGGUUGUGCACGUCCAAACUUUUCUGGUGUUUAUACGCGUGUGGUUUACUAUUUAGACUGGAUUCGCUCAAUGAAUGUGACUGAUGCGAUAACGGUUGAUAUUGUCACUACCACUACGAUGACAUCGACCUUUACCAUGAAUAUGACAACAACAUUCACAACUCAUAAGACAAAUUUAACAAAUGGCAGUUUAUCUUAUCGGCCACUUUUAUAUAUACGAUAUAUUAUAGCAUCAAUCAUGUUCUAUUUUAUCUUUAUUUUAUUAUAA